AAGCCCUCCUGAGGAAGGAGGAGGCUCGGCACAGAGGAGGAAGCACCUCAGCGCUGACACUCAGGAGCAGCUGUGCUUGGGAGCCUUUCUGGAGCCCCAGGUCUUCUCUCAGAAGGUGCAGAGCAGGCAGCAGACGCCAUGGAGGCGCCCUCAGUCCUUGGACAUAGAAGCCGAGUCCCCUGGACGGGGCUCCUGCUGGCAGUCUCACUCUCAACCUUCUGGAUCCCGCCAGUCACUGCCCAGGUGACUGUUGAACCAGAGCCUGCUAAUGUUGCUGAAGGGAAAGAUGUUCUUCUGCGUGUCUACAAUUUGUCAGAGGAACCUCUAAAAUAUGACUGGUAUAAAGGAAAAGGUGUGGACAAAAGUCAAGCUAUUAUAUCCUAUAGAUUAGACACUCAAAAUACCAUCCCCGGGCCUAUGUACAGCAGUCGAGAGACUAUAUACCCCAGUGGAUCCCUGCUCAUCCGGAACGUUACCAAGAACGACACAGGAGACUACUAUGUAUUAGUUUUAUACAAUAAUUCCUUAACCAGUGAUGGAGAAUCGGGACGGUUCCAAGUACUUGAGGAGUUACCCAAACCCAACAUCACAAGCAACAACUCGGACCCUGUGGAGCACAAAGACACUGUGGUGUUAACAUGUGGACCUGAGACUCCGGACACAACCUACCUGUGGUCCAUCAACAGCCAGAGCCUCCCGGACAGUGAUAGGAUGCAGCUAUCCAAGGACAACCGGACCCUCACGCUACUCCGUGUCACCAGGACUGACACGGGACCCUAUGUGUGUGAGACCUGGAACCCAGUGAGUGCCCACCGCAGCGACCCAUUCACCCUGAAUGUUCUCUAUGGCCCGGACACCCCCACCAUCUCCCCCUCAGAGUCCAAUUACCACACAGGGCAAGUUCUCAACCUCACCUGCCAUGCCGCCUCUCACCCACCCGCACACUAUUCCUGGCUGAUCAAUGGGAGUCAUCAGCAGUCCACACAGGUGCUCUUUAUCUCCAACAUCACUAAGAGUAAUAGUGGAUCCUACACCUGUCUUGCCUACAACAACGCCACUGGACUCAAUAGUACCACAGUCAAGGUUAUCAGCGUCUCUGUGUCAUUGGCACAGCCCUUCAUCCAAGCCAACAGCACCCACCUCACUGAACAUAAGGACAGCGUGGCCCUGACCUGCAUCACAAGAGACACUGGGAUCUUCAUCCUGUGGCUCUUCAAUAACAACAGUCUGCAGCCCACAAACAGGAGGAUGCUGUCUGAAGACAACCGCACCCUCACCAUCAGCCCUAUCAUGAGUGAGGAUAUUGGGGAGUAUCAGUGUGAGGUCUCCAUCGGGGACAUUGCUGUCAAAAGUAGCCCCUUCACUCUGACUGUGAUAUCUGCUGAGCCUGGGUCUCCUGGCCUUUCCCCUGGAGCUAUCGCCGGCAUCGUGAUUGGAGUCCUGGCUGGAGUAGCUCUGAUAGGAGGCCUGGGGUACUUUCUGUAUCGCAAGAGGACUGGAGGGACAAUCGACCAUCGUGAUCUCACAGAAAACAAACUCUCAGCCUCCAGUCACAGUCAGGAUCAUUCUGACAACUUAACUAACAAGACGGAUGAAGUUGCAUAUUCUUCUCUGACCUUCAAUGCCCAGGGAUCAAAGACACCAGUUUCAUCCUGCCCAUCCCCAGCAGCCACAGAAACGGUUUAUUCAGAAGUAAAAAGGAAGUAAUGCAAUGGUCCUGCUCACAGCACUGCUGAUUUGUUCCAAGUUUCUCACCUGGACUCCAGAGGAGAUCCCUUUACCCUCAGGGAGAAGAAGAAGCCUCUUUCCUCCCUGCACCCUCCUCAGGUGGCCUCUCCAGGCUGCCUGGUCACAGACACUCCCUUCAGGGUCAACAGAUGAAAGGGAACAUCCUGGAGUCUGCAGGAAACCCAACCUCCUCCUCUCUGAAAUUGGGCAAAACAAAUUUAGGGAGACAGUUGUCAGAACCUCCUGCCCCUCCCCUCCCCAGAUCCAGACUUGUUUUAAUCGUACCUAUCCAGAGCACACUCAUUCAUCCCCACCAGGGUCCUGUGCUCUCUGAGGGUAACCUGAAUUUGCCAUCAUCUUGAGAGUUCUGACAUCCAUGUGCCUGAAAAGAAGAGAUAAAAAAAGUAAAACUAAAAGCUCUGUCUCUCCAACACCCAGUAUGAACCCACCCUCUACAGGAAAGCAAAUAUGUAACCAAAUCUGAAGUGGAAAAUUCUCCACCUUUGCCACUGUCAGUGUUGUCUGCCCAUAGGAACAGGCGUCUGGGAAUCUUGCUGCUUAGCUAAAAUACCGACUAGAAACAACUGGGAAAACUAUUUGCCAAGGUACACAGGCGAUUCCACAUGAGAAAAGCACAUGUGUUUUGGCAACUUUACGGGCUUUACUCAGAGAUAUGCCCACAAAGGGAGGGGUUACAACUUUAGGGGGCAGUGGCUCUUUCAAUAGAGACAAUUGCUGGGAAUUUGAGAAAGGAAUUUGAGCACUAUCCUUCACAAAUCAUUUAAGUGAUUGUUAAACAAUGCAUAUUUUAGGGGGUUUCCUGAGACAUUCUGCCAUUUUAAUGUUACCAACUGCUUAUUUAUGUAAAACGGGUUGUUUUUACUUAGCUGUUUCAGCAGACUACCUUAAGUGAAAGAAGCCACUCAAACUCCACAGGUCCCCUUGGCCAGAAACUCCUCAAAGCUCUUUUAUCAGGGACUACAAAUAAAAAAGAAGCAGCAGCUUUCCUCACUCAUGGUUAGAAAUAGGUCUAGCUCAGCUUCCGAGCACCUCAGCCCCAUCAUCAACCACCAUUCUGUUCCUCACUUCUGCCCAUGUGUGUUCUCUCUGCCCUCCUACCUACUUUCUCAGGAGACUUGGCCUCUGCUAAGGUGUAUUUGAAGUGGGAACAGAAGAGUGUCACUCAGGCUACUAGCAUGUGGAACCUAGAAAGCUGCACUGGAACUGAUGUUCCUUAGGACACUAGGGCGAAGAGAAGGUGCCAGAACACAAGGGGAGAAUUUUAACUGGUCAGAGGCUUCCUGGACAGCCUCUGUAAUAUGCUUUCUCCCAUGGGGUCGAUGAGUCCAAUGUAGCAGAAUACAAAGGGAGGGCAAGAGGAGAGGCAAAUGACUUUCCCGCCCAGCCUCCUCCUCCUUACACACAGAUGGACUCUCCUUGGGGCUGGCGAGAAAGAUUCUGUUCUGUAUUACUUGAUCUCAUGUUGUGCCUAACCCUCCCAGAAAGAGAGUUAAUCAUGAGCUCUCUGUACUCAGGUGCCUCCCCCAGGGUUUUCUAACCCUGACCCAGACUGUCUAUACUUCUCUCAUCCAUGUGAUUUGGUGUUAUUUAACUUUGCCUGACUCAGGCCAUUCCUGGUCUAGAUGUAAGAUUUAUGGCAUAUUUAUAAUAAAAAUGGUGUAUCAUGCAUCGACACGCUG